AUGGCUAAUGAGAGUGCAAAUGAUGGCCAAUCAACAAUCUCUUUGCAUCGAAAUGUCAAAAGAGCCUUGCGACAAGCACGUACUGUCCUACAACCAGACUUCACUAAUGAAUUGUUAAUCAAUAACGAAAAGAGUUAUGAAGACAUUCUAGGUCCACUAUUGCUAGAUAAACCAAUUGAUCAAAAACGGAAACGAUCUGCUCCAAUCGCAAUCAAAAGUGCUUUGAAUGUUCCCAUUGGUGCAAUAUUGAACCUUAAUGUCAUGCCUGGUGAGCCCUAUUUUGUCAUGUGGUUUUUAAUCUCGUCUUAUUUUCCUUUGAUUGCUGCUUGUUUAGGACCCUUGGCCAAUAUGAUUAGUAUAAUUGCUUUGAUUCAACACUGGCGACAAGACCCUACAACUGAAGUAUUGAUACCCGAUCCGCAUUCCGUGUUGGUUAUGAAUGCAUUAUCGUUGGCUUUGGGGAUUAUUGGGAACAUUUCGUUGUUGAUGAAUUUCUCAAGAUCAGUGAAAUACUUGAUUACUCAGUGCGUUUCCAUUUGCGCAUGGUUUUGUGCUUCUGCUUUGCUAGUUGCCGGCGUCCUUGUUACCCACUAUAAAUAUAUGGGUGACUACAAACACUCAGAAGGGUUCUUCUUUGCAUGUUUUACUGCAGGGUAUUAUUUUGCUUGCAUGCUAAUUCUUUUGAUUAACUUUUUGGGGUAUCGGUUGGAUAAGUACCCUGCAACGUUCAAUUUGGACCAAAAGCAAAGAACAUUAAUGGUUUAUACCAUCUUGUUUGCCAUAUGGUCGGUUGUCGGUGCUGUUACGAUGCAUCAUUUGAUACUGGGCCUCGGUUACGGUCUGUCAUUGUACUACUGCAUUGUUUCAUUCUUAACAAUUGGGUUGGGUGAUAUAACACCAAAAACCGCCGCGGCCAAGAUAGUUGUAUUAGUGUUCCUGUUGGGCGGUGUUUUAAUCAUGGGUUUGAUUGUUGCUACCCUUAGAUCGGUUAUCUUAUCCUCGGCAGCACCAGCGAUUUUCUGGAAUGAUAUCGAAAUUGCUAGGCUAAAUUAUAUCAAGAAGCUCAAGAUUCAGGAUCGACCAAUAUCACCAGAAAAUGCCUACCGCAAAAUGAGACGCAUUAGGCACAAAAUUAAAGUAAAGCACAUGAAUUUCUCACUAGCUUUAACUGUAAUUAUUUUUCUUGCAUUCUGGCUCAUAGGAGCAAUGAUUUUUCAUUUUAUUGAAGAAUGGACAUAUUUCAACGGUGUGUACUUUUGCUUUCUUUGCUUAUUAACCAUUGGAUAUGGAGAUUUUGCACCAAAGCAAAGUCUUGGUAGAGUCUUUUUUGUUUCAUGGGCUACCGGGGCCGUUCCAUUGAUGACCAUUCUAGUUUCAAAUGUUGGUGAUAAGUUGUAUGAAGUGUUCAACAAUACGAGUGCCUGGUUUAGCAAAUGGAUUUUCCAACCGGACCGUGAAUACCUUGCCAAAAAGAAAAUAAAGCAGCAAAUGAAAGAAUACCAAGAAGACGAAACAAGUACAACUUCGAGUUUUCUUCUGGAGCAGAUUAAGGAGGACUUUGAUUCUUCAGCAUUUGACGAAGAUACAGAUAACGAAGAAGAAUUUGAUGAUGAUGAUGACGACGAGGAAGAUGAAGAUGAAGAUGAUGAUGAAGAAGAAGAAGAAGAAGAAGAAGAAGAAGAAGAAGAAGAAGAAGAGGAUGGGGUUGAGGAGGCUGAAAAGGAAGAGGACGAACAAGAGGAUGACGAUUUACGGCAAAUUGAUAGCGAUCUCGAAGAGCUGAGCUCUGAAAUUUUGGAUAAUUCUUCAAGUGCUUCAACACGUAUGAAUGUAAUACGAGAUAAACUUUUUAAACGGAAAGAUGCUCACGAAAGAUUAUUGCACUACUUGGAACGUUUGAAACCAUUAAUCUCAGAUGGAAUCACCAACCCGAAUAAAAAGUACACUUUGAGCCAAUGGCAGAGAGCUUAUAAGGCUUUGGAAUUGCAAAAGUUACCCGAUGGAGUUGAUGCUGAUCCAUACACGGGGUUUUGGUUGGGCAAUUAUAGUCCGUUGCGCUUACCACUAAAGGAACCAAACUAUCUUAUAUUAAGAGUAUAUUAUAAGAUUGAGGAAACAUUGCAAAUGAUUGUGAAUGAAGAAAAGAACGAUUUAGAAAUGUUGGAGCUGAAGGGAAAUGCACUGCUUGCCAAUUCACUUAAACGACGAGUCAAGUUCAGUACUCGAGGAGAAGAUGUAGAAAAUAGGGUGUGUGACAAAUAA